AUAAACCCCACCACAGCCCAGACCAACCGCCUCGCCUGCCGUUCCCCUCCACGUCUCCCCAUUCCCGCCUCCCGAGACCUGAACCCUGUUGGGGACACAUGGGCCCCACAACCCGCGCUCACUUCGUCUACAAUCGCCGCCGCCGCCGCCGCCGAGGCGGGCGGCACGCUGUCGAGGAGGCUUCCGACGAGGAGCAGCAGCAGAUGGAUAGCUCCUCCUCAUCCUCCGACGAAGAAGGAGAUCAGGAAGAAGAUGCCGAAGCCUCCGGAGAGGACGUCGAUGACGAGGAAGAAGAGGAAGCGGUCGCUGCCGAGCCUGCGCCCAAGCAGCCACCCGCAGCUGCGGCGGCGGGGGAGAAGAGGGGCCGAAGGAAGGGCUCGAUCACCAUUAGCCUGAAGAAAGUGUGCAAGGCGUGCAAAAGGACAGGGCACCAGGCAGGGUUCAAGGGGGCUGUGUACAUCGACUGCCCCAUGAAGCCUUGCUUCUUAUGCAAGAUGCCAGGUCAUACAACCUUGACUUGCCCACAUAGAGUAACAAUGGAGCAUGGUGUUAUCCCAGCGCCUAAAAGGAAUGCAAACACUUCUCUGGAUUAUGUCUUCCAGAGCCAAGUCAAGGGAAAGAUUCCCAUGGUUAAGCCUAAGUUUCUGAUACCCAACCAACUAGAGCAUGGAAACAUAAAAUUUCAUCAGAGACGUGUGACAUGCUUGGAGUUUCAUCCAACUAAGAACAGUGUUCUUUUAUCAGGAGACAAGAAAGGACUUCUGGGUAUCUGGGAUUAUGUUAAGUUGCAUGAGAAAAUCACUUAUGAUUCUGUGCACUCCUGCAUUCUGAAUAGCAUGAAGAUUGAUACCACCAACGAUGGUAUGAUAUAUACAGCUUCCUCUGAUGGUACUAUCAGUUGCACUGAUUUGGAUACUGGUAUUGGCUCUCCCUUGUUAAAUCUCAACCCAAAUGGUUGGAAUGGUCCAAGCUCUUGGCACAUGAUAUACGGGAUGGACUUAAACACUGACAAAGGUCUUCUUUUGGUGGCAGAUAACUUUGGUUUUCUUUACUUCCUGGAUAGACGAUCAAAGACGAGAAUUGGACAUCCAAUUCUUAUCCAUAAAAAGGGUAGCAAGGUAACCAGCCUACAUUGUAACCCUGCACGACCUGAAGUGCUUCUAAGCAGCGGAAAUGAUCACUAUGCCCGUAUUUGGGAUACAAGGAAGCUUGAAGCCAACUCUCCCCUUGCCAGCCUUGCUCAUGGACGGGUUGUUAAUUCAGGAUACUUUUCUCCACGAAGCGGAAAUAAGAUCUUGACAACUUGUCAGGACAACCGAAUUCGUGUAUGGGACUAUAUUCUUGGUGAUCUGCAAUCCCCAAGUAGAGAAAUUGUGCACAGUCAUGAUUUCAAUCGUCACCUGACUCCCUUCAAAGCUGAGUGGGAUCCAAAGGAUUACACCGAAACAGUUGCAGUGAUUGGCCGUUACAUAAGUGAGAACUACAAUGGUGUUGCUCUGCAUCCAAUUGAUUUUAUAGAUACUAGUUCUGGGAAGCUUCUGGCUGAGGUGAUGGACCCUGACAUAAUAACAAUCAGCCCAGUGAACAAGCUACAUCCGCAAGAUGACAUCCUAGCUACAGGAAGCUCAAGGUCUAUUUUCAUAUGGAAGCCAAAAAUUGAAGAUGAACUUACUGAAGAAAGAGCCAAGCAUGACAAUAGUAGUGAUGACGACUCAGGUGGUGAUUCUGGCGGAAAGAACAAGAAAGCAAAGAAGACUCGCUUCACUCAUGCAGUAAAGGGAAAGGGCAAAUCCAAAGUCUGAUGCUUGGUGUACAUAGUCGGCAGCAUUUUGACAAGAAAGCGUCCAUUAACCAGCUCCUGAUGCAUCUCCUUUUGUACCAUCUUGCCAACUCCCUCACCCCCCCCAGCUAAGGUGCUGAAGACCCGUAUGAAACGCAUGCUGAUAGACCCCAUAGUUGUCUCCUGCAUCAAUGCUCCUAAGGAGUUAGCCAGUUAGGUUUCGGACUCUUUUGAAUCCUGACAUGCUUAUGAUCACUUGUCAUUUGUCAACGAGGCCUUUUAACGGUUUAAUCCUGUAUCAACAUAUAAAUCUCCUGUACAGUUGCCUGAAUGCAAUUUGUGCUUGUAAAAUGUUUAUUGGUGCUCUCA